GUCUAACAGUAACCCACCACAAAAACCCUAGCACGCUCGUCGCUCUCUGUUACUAUACAUACCAUCCCGACUACUCCCAUCUCCCUCGACCUCACCCCCUCCAGUCUCAGCCGCUGCUUCUCCACACCACAAUGGCUUCGGAGAAGAAACUCAGCAGCCCAAUGAGGGAGAUCAAGGUCCAGAAGCUUGUCCUCAACAUUUCCGUUGGUGAGAGUGGUGACCGUCUCACCAGAGCCUCUAAGGUCUUGGAGCAACUGAGUGGCCAAAACCCCGUCUUCUCCAAGGCUAGGUACACCGUGAGAUCGUUCGGGAUCAGGCGUAACGAGAAGAUAGCGUGCUACGUGACAGUGAGGGGGGACAAGGCGAUGCAGCUUUUGGAGAGUGGGCUGAAGGUGAAGGAGUACGAGCUUCUCAGGAGGAACUUCAGCGAUACUGGGUGCUUCGGCUUCGGUAUUCAGGAGCACAUUGAUCUCGGAAUCAAGUAUGACCCUUCAACUGGUAUUUAUGGUAUGGACUUUUAUGUUAUUCUAGAGAGAGCAGGAUACCGUGUUGGCCGUCGUCGUAGAUGCAAAUCACGUGUUGGGAUUCAGCACAGAGUUACAAAGGAAGAUGCAAUGAAGUGGUUCCAGAUGAAAUAUGAAGGAGUUAUCCUUAACAAGUCUCAAUCGCUCACAGCCUCUUAGAGAGAUCCCUAUAACCUUGGAUAACUUUCUUGAGUUUUGCCGAGCUGUAACAUUUCAUCAAUUGUUUAACAGGAUUUAUAUUUAUUAAGAGGUUCAUGAGUUACUUGGUGAUUUCAUGUUUUGAUCCAAAUUGCUUUGAUGUAUGAGGGCAGGAUACUCUUUCUAGUUGGGUUUAAUAUGCUGCAACACAGCCUUUUAGUUGUUUUGUUA